CUACAAUCAACUCUACCUCCCCUCAAUGCCUCACCAAAGUGCGGCCAUUUUAAUCGUACCCGAAUAAGCGUACCCAGAUAUUCUAGCCGUCGCAUCUCAUUCGACCUCCACACAUCAGAUCCGGUUUGCGCUGUUCACAGCCUCAGCCUGGCGGACGUAUAACGAACAAAUACAACCUCUGGCUUCAAAUCUCAGUUUAUCAGAAAAGUUACUAUGGAUGGUUUAUUAGCUGCUUCCAGCGCUUUUGCUGUAGUGUCUUUAGCUAUUCAAAUUAGAGGGGGCAUCCAAAAACUCUGCGAUUUUUGGACCUCGAUUCAAGAUAGACCAAAAGAUAUUAAUUCCAUUAUCCAAGACUUACAGGUCGUAUUAGAUAUCGUAUGUAAUAUUCGCCUGGAAGCUAGCAAUGAGAGGCCUCAUUCCAGUGCGCUAAGUGCAAGUAUCGCGGCUCUAAAUGGGUGCUCGAGCAGUAUAGAAGCCCUCCAGAGUAUUAUUAAUCAGUUGUAACUAGGCAUCUCUUCCCCGAAGCCGAUGCUUAGAAAAUGGGCGACAUUUAGAGCUGUGUGGAAGGGCGAUAGGCUUCGAAAAUUUCAGGAAACUUUGCGUGAUACAAAGAUUAUACUAAUCUUAGCCAGGCAA